AUGGAACACGCACAGAUCCAGAGCUCAGAUGGAGCUCAAGUUAUGACUAUAAACGGACAACAGCUACAAGUUCUUCAAAUGAACAAUACACCACACAUGAUACAGGGACCUAACGGAUUACAGAUUGUGGCACACGCUGUGCCUUCCACUGGACCUGCUAUACAGGUUGCCGCUCCUAAUGGGCAACAGUUACAGCAGCUACAAGUUGUGCCUAUAUCCAAUAUACAAGCUAGUGGCAACGUUCAAGCCAUGCAGCUUGUUCAAACACCCGAUGGACAGACAUUCUUAUACCAGCCUGUUGCAACAAGUGCACAACACACAAUUGAUCAGCAUCAAAUAAUACAUCAACCUGCCGUGAUCAACUUGAAUGGCAACUUGGUGCAGGUGGCUGGUGUUGGCAAUGCAGUGCAAGCACAACAGAUUGUCAAUCAGCCUAAUAUUGUCAUGAUGAUGAAUGGGACCACAAACACUGCUAGCACUAGUGCGACGACAUCAGAGGGAGCCAGUUCCUCGGCGCCCGGUUCCGAUGAAGAACCACUUCUGUACGUCAACGCACGACAGUACAAGCGCAUAUUAAAGCGACGCGCCGCCAGAGCUAAAUUGCAUGAAAUGGGCAAGAUACCUAAAGAGAGACCAAAAUAUCUACAUGAAUCCAGACACAGACAUGCUAUGAACAGAAUACGAGGUGAAGGUGGCAGGUUCCACUCUGGCAGCAGAAAAAAUAUGGAGAGUGUGUCAGAAGAUCAAAAACUAUUAGAAGACAUGAAGCCAGAAACAGUGUCCAUAACUAUCAUUCAGGAUGACGAAACUCAGGAGCAACCUACGCAAUGGAGACGUCUAGCGCCUCAGCAAUCCUUACAGUCCACAUAG